UUCAUUUUAUGAUCAGAAUGAUGAAAUCCAAAUAUGUGAUGAAAAAAGAGGCAAAAUGAAAACUUCAUAUAUUAACAAACCUGGUGUUUCAAAUAUGAAUGAAUCUGAAGCGUCAACUAUGAACGAACCUGUUUCAAUUAUGAAUAAAUCUAACUAUUUAAAUA